UCCACCAGUUGUGCUCUGCGUCGGGCUGGAGAGGAGUAAGAGAGAGAGAGAAGAGAGGAUUCGGUAAACCGAGGAGAGACCGACAGGGGAGAGGGACCAUGGCUGCUCUCUCUGCCUUGCUGAAGACCUGGGUGAUACUGCAGACCCUGUGCCUGGCGCUGGCCCAAGUGAGGGGUCCACCUGGACCUCAAGGCCAAGCCGGCCCGCCAGGCCCCUCCGGCACACCUGGGUCAGACGGCAUCGAUGGAGAAAAAGGACCACCUGGGCCCCCGGGUCCACCAGGACUGAAGGGAGAGCCAGGAGAGCCAGGUCCUGAUGGAGUAGCAGGAGAGAAUGGCAUUGAUGGUUUGAUUGGAGCGAAAGGCGAUCGAGGUCCCACCGGGAGCCCGGGGCCUAAGGGUAAACCUGGACCAGGUGGAGAGCCUGGACCUCCUGGACCCGGCCUUCCAGGACUAUCUGGCGCUCCAGGCCCGAUUGGUCUUCCCGGGGAAAUUGGACUAUCUGGUCCAAAGGGUGGCGCGGGAUCACCUGGACCUCCAGGACUUCCUGGGCCUCCCGGCAAGCCAGGUCCUCCGGGGAAGUUCAUUGGUGGAGAAGAGGGAAGCGCAGACUUCCAGUGUCCUCUUAACUGUCCAGCGGGACCUAAAGGGCCCCAGGGACUGCAGGGAGUUAAGGGACACAAAGGACGGGCCGGUGUCCUCGGAGAGCCCGGCAGCAUCGGCAAAACGGGUCCCAAGGGAGAAGUGGGCGUCUCCGGGGAGCAGGGCAUCCCGGGACCUUCGGGUCCAAUGGGCCUGAGAGGUUAUCCAGGAAUGAUGGGUCCUAAAGCAGAAGCAGGGCCCCGUGGUUACAAGGGCAUCAGGGGACCCGUGGGAAUACCUGGGCCUCCUGGUGAGGAGGGACCUAAAGGACCACCCGGAGAGGCAGGAGACAUGGGAGACAAAGGGGGCCGAGGCAUCCAGGGCCCACAGGGUGCGGUUGGCAAAAAGGGAGAGAAUGGUCUGCCGGGUAUUGAUGGAAAAGAUGGUACGCCUGGUAUUCCAGGGAUCAAGGGUGGCCCUGGCCAGGCCGGGAUGCCUGGUCCUCCUGGUCCUCAGGGAGCAGCGGGAUUGCCUGGCAGCCCGGGACCAAAAGGUGGAUCUGGAGCAAAGGGAGAGCCUGGACCUCGGGGUCACGUUGGCAUGACGGGUGCCCCCGGACAUCUGGGCGAGCCUGGUCUUCCUGGCGUGGCCGGCAUGGAGGGAGUUCCUGGGCCUAAGGGGGACAGAGGCCAGAGAGGAGCAGUUGGGCCACAGGGGAUCGUCGGCAAGCCUGGAAACAAAGGAGAGAGAGGACCUAUCGGUGUUCCAGGUGCACAGGGUCUUAGCGGCACCAAGGGAGACAAGGGCUUCCAAGGAAAAGUGGGGUCAAAAGGAGACGAUGGUGACCCCGGCGUUGAGGGAUUGGCUGGCGAGAAAGGUGAAAAGGGUUUGUCUGGUGAACCCGGGCCCAAAGGACAGCAAGGCAUUAGGGGGGACCCCGGACACAAUGGACCGACCGGAGACCCGGGUAAACCCGGCGACCUGGGACCCCCGGGACUGCCCGGGCCCAGGGGGCUCAAUGGAGAGCGAGGAGUACCCGGCAUGCCGGGCAUUCAGGGGCCGUCGGGACGUGAUACAUCUGACCAGCAUAUUGUCGAAGUGGUCUUGAAGAUGCUGCAGGAGAGGCUAGCUGCUGUGGCAGUGAGCGCCAAGAGGGCUGUGCUUGGUGGAGCGGGUGUAAUGGGGCCUCCCGGCCCCCCUGGGCCCCCGGGGUCAGCUGGCCCGCAGGGGCCGCAUGGCCUACCCGGUGCCCGCGGCGUUCCUGGCAUGAUUGGAGGAUCUGGACAGAUUGGGAACACAGGACUUAAAGGAAAGAGAGGGGCAAAGGGAGACAGGGGAGAUCCUGGUAAACCCCACCCGGGUCCACCAGGACCCCCAGGCAUACAAGGUCCUGCUGGUUUGGAUGGUGUGGCUCGCAACGGUAGGCACGGCGAGCGGGGACCCCAGGGAUCAGCCGGAGAAGCCGGUUACCCCGGUUCGGCGGGUUCGACAGGCCUCCCCGGCUUCUGCGAGGCGGCGAUGUGUUUAGCUGCGUCGGCAUACACAUCCCCGAGAUUACAGGAGGCGGGAAGUAUCAAAGGACCUAAUGUUUAGAGACCCGGCUCUCCAUCAGCGGCUCACCUGGGAGAGAGAGAGAGAAAGAGAGGGAAUGAAUAAAAGGAGUGACGCCACUCUUCUCUAUAAGAAACCAUUGAGAACGAAGGUUAGGGGACAAUAAUAGUGACAGCGCCCCCUUUCUGAAACUGACACCCGGACGUUUUGACUGGUGGGGACAUACUCGGAUCUCCAUCCCCCCCCCACAUCGCCAUGACAACAGCAGCUCUCACCCAAAUCCUUCUGAGUACUGUAGCGUUUUUUUUUUUUUUUUGGGGGGGGGGGGGGGUGAUGUCAGUGUCCCAUGCAAAAUACCCCAACCUUGUUCUAGCAGUGAAAGAGUAUCAGAUUAAUGUUGCACCUCCGUUUCCCAAACCAGCGAUGAGCAGAGAGAUGAAAAAACCAAGCGCGGUGAAAGGAACAUUUCUUUAACACCGUGAUCACUUUGAAUGGUUUUACAUAUGCAACAUUUUGUUUGAGAUGUUUUGAAGUAGAAUUUCCAUGCUUCUCUAGCGCCAUCGCUCACGAUGAUGGCACAAAAGUGUACAAAAAAAGCCCAAUAAAUGAUGAAAGUGACACACCGUACUGUAAAAUGUAUCCGUAAGCUUUCAAGUCCUUUAUUUAGCAAAUGUACGUUGAAGCCCGGCCCGCUCACCAACACUACUCCCUCCACCGCUUUACCCAAAUCCCAUUUUAGAAAACAACCGGCUUGAUCUCGUCCGCUUGUUGCCUGGCAACAGCAUACCCAGAUGGGCACUCCCGUCUCCCACAAUGCAAUGCUGUAAAUCUUUGUAAAUGUGUGUUGAUUAUUAUGUAGAGAAAAAGAAGGGGUUAUGAAAUGCACCAAUAAAAAAAAAUAAAGUCCUGUGUUACUGAAUUCAGUGAAGAUUUGACAGAUGUAACGUAAGACAAUCAGCCCGAAUGUGCUUCUUAUGCCACUGUCAAUUUUCUACACGGUGUCAGCUAUUUUAUUUUCUGAUCAACUGAAGCUAUUUAUUGUUAAUAUAAUCAUCUGUUAGGGUCCUUUUCUCGGCUACUCAGGUCAAACCCGAACCAAUAAAGAAGAACUUUUUAUCACAUCAUUUAUCUCUUCUGUACCAAGUGCGGCAUGGAAACAAGUCUCAAGUUUCUGUUUCAGCUCCUUUUCUUUUACUUUCUCCCAUUUGAAAUCUAUAAUAGUAUUAAUUUAUGCAUGUUAAUAAAGUCCAGAA